AUGAAUAAUCAAGGAAAAGCACAAGCAACUAAAACUUCCGAAGAAGAGAUGACCGACUCUGCAGAAGAGGAUGAAGAAGAAGAUGGCUCGAGGAAUCCAUCUCCGAUUCGUGUUCGUUACAAACGCCCAGAAACAGAACGACAGAAAAAACGUCGUGAGCAAUCAUCAGCACAUCAAGCCGAACCAACAACAGUACCCGAUCCGGAACAACUGGUUCAGGAAGCAAUCAUUGGCGUGAAAAUGGCUGCAUUGUAA